GACCGUAGUGAUGAGGACCGUAGUGAUGAGGACCGUAGUGAUGAGGACCGUGGUGAUGAGGACCGUAGUGAUGAGGACCGUGGUGAUGAGGACCGUAGUGAUGAGGACCAUAGUGAUGACCGUAGUGAUGAGGACCGUAGUGAUGAGGACCAUAGUGAUGACCAUAGUGAUGAGGACCGUAGUGAUGAGGACCGUAGUGAUGAGGACCGUGGUGGUGAGGACCGUGGUGAUGAGGACCGUUGUGAUGAGGACCGUGGUGAUGAGGACCGUAGUGAUGAGAACCGUAGUGAUGAGGACCGUAGUGAUGAGGACCAUAGUGAUGACCGUAGUGAUGAGGACCGUAGUGAUGAGGACCGUGGUGAUGAGAGCAACAGUGAGGACAGUCGUAGUAGCUGGGGAUG